CAAGAAAAAUAAUUAUUCAAGAUGUCAAUGUAUAAUUAUAUUAAUUUCAUACUUUUGAUAUUUUUUAUUGGACGAACUCACGUGUCUUCAAUUGAAGUGAAAGAUAUAUACGAUAUCAAUUCAAUAGAAAAAUAUAUAGACGGUAUUCAUAACAAUGUUCUAUCUAAUAGUCCAUUUGAAAAUUUGACAUCUAGUGAAGACAAAAGAUUCAAUAUUUUGAAAAAAGUUCUUGAGAAUAUGUCAAAUGCACUUGAAGAUUUAAAUGCAAUAACAAAUAAUAUUGACGAUGAUUAUUGGCCUAUAGAUUUACGGAAAUUUUUGAAAAAAUUUGACAAGGAUAAAUUGAAACGUAACUUUAUUCUAACGACAUUUUUGAGUUCGUCGACCGAUAAAAUUGAGGAAAAGAUCAAAACAAUUAAUAUUCAUGUCGCGUCAUUACUUGAAAUUGUAGGGAACAAUUUAUAUGAUAGCGUUUAUGACUACUGUUUUUUCGCACCGCAACUACUGUUAUUUAUUGAUAGCAAUGAGCAAUUGCCUCACGAUAAUAUUGAGGAGGAAUAUAUACGUUUGGUACAAAGUAUUAACAUCAAUAUAAAAGUUUAUGGCAGCUUCUGUCAAAGAACAAAUUCCCUGCAUCAAGGACUAUAUGAUUAUUUUCGUCAAGUAAUGGCAACAUAUUUGAAGCGCUUUAUGAUGAUUUAUCACCUUAACAUUAUGAACGCAAUCUGUAGAGAUGAAAGCGCAAGUGAAUGGAGAAUAGAACGUGUUGAGGCAGCUAAAAACACAAUAAAACUUUCCAUGAAUGAAACUUUACCGAUACUAAAGUAUAUGAAACAUUAUAUGUACAGAUGUGAUCCAAAAAAAUAUUUAGACAAAGAUGGAAAUAAAAAUUAUUACGAGUUAGAUAAAAUGGUGCAAGCACUAAUUGUUAAAGAAGAAGAAUUGAGUACAGAUGGGUCCUGUAGUCAUAACUGUGAUUUGGAUGAGAUUAAAGAGACGAUUAAUUCGACAGAGUGUAAGGAAUAUCGCGAUUGUCAGUACAUUGAGAGUGGCUAUGAAAUUUGUGAGGCUGAUGAAGAUAACUCGAGACGUUACGAAUGGUUUAAGGGUGAAAAGGCAGUUUUGUAUGGAGACAAUAGUACAGAGUGUAAUAGUAAUUUAACAUCAGCGUACAGCAAAUUGUCGUUCUUUAAAUUCCGUUGGUGUGACUACUGCGUUUGUACGUGUGUAAACCGUCCGGAAGAUAAAAAGAACGUCGUUGCAGCAUUCAGUUUCAGAGAGCAAGUCACCAAAAUAAGUGACAACCUGGUAGUCGUGGGUGUGAGAUUCAUAAAGAAAGAUUACAUGAUCCAGGUACAGAUAAAAGAAGGUAAACUCAAACCACGCAGAUAUAAAGACCAUGGAGUCUGGAAAGAAACCGAAAAAAUUGUUUACAAAGAAGAAUAUAAAAUGUUUAUGGUUCCAAAUGACGACGAGACUAUGAGCCAAAUGCAAUUAGGAAAUGAUUAUGCAGUUCCGGAAACAAUCAAUUUCGAUGAUUUGAUUGCACCCGAGGGUUUCGUUGUAACGGGGGUCAGAUUUAGAUUUGCCGGAGAUUCACUUGAUUUUCCAAAGCUAACAACUGGCGCGAUCGAAUUGCAAGUUCGUGUAACGCCAUUUGAUUACGUCAGUGGCACACUGAUUAACCAUAACCAAACACACUGGAUCGUUUCAAAAUACAAUGAUACGAGAGAGGAAUUGAUUUUAACUGAUCCAGAUGUACCAACUAAGUCACCUACAAAUACGAUUACCUCGAAAACUAAUCAGUUUAUUAGAUUCCGCGCUUCGGAUCUAAAAAAAGACGCUGGUCAAUCAACAGUACCAUUUUUCGAUGCACAGGACGUAGAUGGUGACCCCGAAUUUCCUUUAGGGGGAGUGGGGAUCAUUCAUCGUGGCCGGGAAGGUUAUGGUGGAUUUUUGGCCUUCAGAAUUUAUGAUCUGGACCUUUCCAGUUAUUUAAAGAACAAUUACAAAUCUUAAGCAAGUCAACAAUUCUAGAUUAAAACUACUUUUUAAGCUCCCGAUUUCGAUCAAUAAAAUUUCAACAAAUA